UAGCUUUAUCACCUCAUGCUCUCUCGGUGCCUCUUCUUUCUCUCUAUUUCUAGGGUUUUCACUUCCCCUUUCUUCUUUUUCAGCUACUGGAUUACUUGUGGUGUUUGAUUCUCACCAACCAUGGGGUCGAUCCCCGAUCCUGGCGAGUUAACCGAGUUGACUCAGCCCAGCUUUGACGAGUUCCAGCGCCAGACCUCUCUCAUGACCAGCUGCACUCUUCUCUGGAAGGAGCUAUCUGACCAUUUCUCGUCUCUUGAGCAGAAUCUUCAGAAGAAAUCAGAGGCCCUCAAGAACAAGUUUCAGACACUAGACCAUCAAACAAAGACCUCUCUCGCCUCCCUCAAGAAGCGCGAGGUCACCAUUGACGGCAGCGUUGAGAUCGCACUCAAACGCGUCGAGCAACACAGGGAAGCCGCUCUCAAGUCACUUGAUAAUCCCAAUUUUGACCAUCCUGAUGGUGAGGUGGAUAACGGCGAUGGACUCUUGCAGCUUCUGAAAUCUUUCUGCUUGAAAAUGGAAUCGAGAGAGUUCUGGAAGUUUGUGAUAACAAAGAAGAAGGAACUUGAUGUGUUGAGGAGCCAGAUUCCGUUAGCUCUGGCUGAGUGUGUGGAUCCGUCUAAGUUUGUCUUGGAAGCAAUUUCAGAAGUUUUCCCAGUGGAUAAGAGGGGGGAAAGGACGGAGAAAGGGAAUGACUUGGGAUGGGCUUGCGUGCUGAUUUUGGAGAGCCUGAUACCGGUAGUCGUGGACCCGGUGAUAGGCAAGUCCAGGCUGUUAGUGACCCCGAGCGUGAAGGAGAGGGCCAAGGAAAUUGCUGAGACUUGGAAGAGAAGUCUGGAAGAGCGCGGUGGUAUUGAGAAUGUGAAGACUCCUGAUGUGCAUACUUUCUUGCAGCAUUUGGUCACCUUUGGUAUUGUGAAGAAGGAAGAUGUGGAUUUGUACAGGAAGCUCGUCGUAGGGUCUGCUUGGCGCAAGCAGAUGCCUAAACUUGCUGUCUCACUUGGUUUGGGUGAAAAAAUGCCUGAUAUGAUCGAGGAGCUAAUUAGUAGGGGUCAGCAGCUUGAUGCAGUUCAUUUUACUUAUGAAGUUGGCCUUGUGGAUAAGUUCCCCCCUGUUCCAUUGCUAAAAAAAUUUUUGAAGGACUCAAAGAAAGCUGCAGCUUCUAUUUUGGAGGAUCCAGAUACCGGUCGAGCUGCGCACCUUGCUGCUAGAAAGGAGCAAUCUGCUCUCCGGGCUGUCAUCAAGUGCAUUGAAGAAUACAAACUAGAGGCCGAGUUCCCACCAGAAAACCUCAAGAAACGCCUUGAACAGUUAGAGAAGGCCAAGACUGAGAAGAAACGGCCAGCUGCAGUCCCUGCCAACAAAAGAACACGUGCCAGCAAUGGUGGCCCAAUGCCUCCAGCCAAGGCUGGACGUUUGACAAAUGCUUAUGUAUCAUCCUUCCCUGCACCUCCAACAUUUGUCAGGUCUCCCUCGCACACUCAAUACCCUACUGGUGUACCUGCAUAUCCUUCUCCGGCAGCUGUUUAUGGUAGCAGGAGCCCUCAGUCUCCCUAUGCAUACUCACCAGAGGCUGCUCCUCCCCCCAUGGCAGGAUCAUAUCCUGGAGCUCCUUUGAAUUAUCCUGCAUAUGGAGGUUAUGGCAAUGGUUUCGCACCAGCUUAUCAGCAGGCUUACUACCGAUAGACAUGACACUACUUGGAAGUUGAAGAUGGUAACCACUGAUAUGAUGACCCCAAUCUCAUUUAAUGCUUUCUCAACUGGCUUGUUUGUAAUCACUAACCUUUUUAAUGGUAGCGAUGUGUGUGUUAAUUAUAACUGUUCUUCUUGCUAUGCCAUGGUAAGAAGCUGUAUUUCUAAUGUUGAUCAAACUGUAGCUCUAGGUGAUUGUGAAAGUAAUCCUCUGAUGGAAGCAUAACGAUGUUGAUGAACUGAUAUUACCACUACUAUUGUUAGGGUUAGUUGUAGAAAAAUCUCCCUUGUUUCUAUCUUGUGUCCUUUGCCUUCAAUUUGGAUCAGGUGCCAUCUGUGUCCUGAGAAAUUAAGUUAUCAAGGUUUUAAUAAAAUCAAAAUCAGAACUGGAUGGCUUUAUGAUUCAA